AUCGAAAUGGGAACGAUAUAUCUAUAAUGAUACUUGGUACCAAAUGGCAACAUCAUGUUGGAUGGGAUCCUAUAGUAAAGGGCGAAUUUAUAGCUACACAUAAUGGGAAGACUAUUACAAUUCCGCUUUCUACUCGAAAAGAAAAGUAUAGUCAAAAUGUAUCUGACAAUAUUUUUAAUACAGAAAAAUGGAAUGCUCCAAAAGACUUCAAACUUCCCGAUUCAAUUAAUACUACAACAGCUGAGCAAACACUGGAGGAGCAAAAAAAAAACUAG